CCGACGGCCUUUUCGGUUGAGGGAAUUCUCGAGGCCGUGACACAGCAUGUCAUCUGCGGUGACCAGGCCCUUGCUCUGGCGGAUGACAUUACAUUUACAAAUUGUCUGGUCAUAAUGCGCCCGAAGACCAUGAAAGCCGAGUUGCCGUCCCGCUCAACCAUCCGGACGAAUAUCACCAAUAAGUUUGUCGAGUAUAUGGAACGCCUGCGU